AUGGAUCCUCAUAGUCCAAUUGUCUUAGAUCAAGGUACAGGUUUCGUUAAAAUAGGGCGUGCUGGUGAAAAUUUCCCAGAUUAUACUUUUCCCUCCAUUGUUGGUAGACCUAUUUUAAGAGCCGAAGAACGUGGUACAAUCUCCACACCUUUGAAAGAUAUUAUGAUUGGUGAUGAAGCAAGUGAAGUUCGUUCAUAUUUACAGAUCUCUUACCCCAUGGAAAAUGGUAUUAUAAAGAAUUGGACAGAUAUGGAAUUGUUAUGGGAUUAUGCUUUUUUCAAUCAAAUGAAAUUGCCAACCACUUCAGGUGGUAAAGUUCUUUUAACUGAACCACCUAUGAAUCCAGUUAAAAAUAGAGAAAGAAUGUGUGAAGUUAUGUUUGAAAGAUACGAUUUUGGCGGAGUUUACGUGGCUAUUCAAGCCGUUUUAGCAUUAUACGCUCAAGGGCUAUCAUCAGGUGUUGUUGUGGAUUCAGGUGAUGGUGUUACACAUAUUGUUCCAGUUUAUGAAUCAGUAGUAUUGAAUCAUUUGACCAGGAGAUUAGAUGUUGCAGGUAGAGAUGUUACUAGACAUUUAAUCGAUUUACUAUCACGCCGUGGUUACUCGUUCAAUAGAACUGCUGAUUUCGAAACAGUUCGUCAAAUUAAAGAAAAAGUUUGUUAUGUUUCUUACGAUUUGAAUUUAGAUACAAAAUUAGCAAGGGAAACAACCACCUUAGUACAAGAAUAUGAAUUACCUGAUGGUAGAAUUAUUAAGGUAGGUCAAGAAAGAUUCGAAGCUCCAGAAUGUUUAUUCCAACCAGACUUGGUAGAUGUAGAAUCUCCAGGUGUUGGUGAAUUAUUAUUUAACACAAUCCAAUCUGCUGAUAUCGAUGUCAGAAGUUCUUUAUAUAAAGCUAUUGUCCUGUCUGGUGGUUCAAGUAUGUAUCCAGGGUUACCAUCAAGAUUAGAAAGAGAAUUGAAACAAUUGUGGUUCACUAGAAUCUUAAAGGGUGAUGCUGAAAGAUUAGAUAAAUUUAAAGUCCGUAUUGAAGAUCCUCCAAGGAGAAAACAUAUGGUCUUCAUCGGUGGGGCUGUUUUGGCUAAUAUCAUGGCUGAUAAAGAUCAUAUGUGGUUGUCAAAACAAGAAUGGCAGGAAAAUGGGGCUGCUGCACUGGCUAAAUUUGGUCCAAGAUAA